CUGACCAAGUACAGAGCUUUGUUGGUUCUGUGGUUCAUUGUUCUUAUGUCUUUCAAUCUGUUCACAGACACGGUGCAGCCGCCGAUUGGAGUCCCCUGAUAACCUACCGUUUGUCCAGAAACUCUCAUCAUCACUAUAACCUCACGGUGACUUUUAGUCUCGCCCCGACCGAAUUCAAGUUUGACGAAUACCUAGUGUCACUGUAUAAAAUGGCGGGGCUUCAACAUCCAUUCAAAGAGUGUAAAUUACACACUAAAACACCGUCAUCAUGCAAUACGAUUUCCCACCUGGCUAAAAACAACGCUAAAUCCGGGACUGUGAUCUUUGUCGAUAUCCCAGAAAAUAGGUAUAUGUUGGAGGUCCAGGCAAGGGAUCCCUUUUGGCGUGAACACAACUAUGCCCUGUGCUUCUCUGUUCAAGAAUCUGGCAAACACAGGCGCAAGGAGUGCUUGCGAACACGGAUGAAGAACAUUGUUAUUGGGGAGGGACCUGAUGAAUCACAAUCAGCAACAGAGUCAAAUAUUCUACUAAGCACUAGUGAGGACGGUGAGAGACCAGGUGAGACACGAACAGCAACAAAGCGAAAUAUUCCGCCAGGCACUAGUGACAGCAAAACAAAGACACUGCUAAUCGCCGCAGGAGUGUGUCUUUGUCUGGUGUGUAUGUCUACCGUCAUUUUGAUCAUCAUAUUCACACGAAAACAUGUACAAGUGAAAGAUGAGUGGGUUCGCAUGAGAAGAGUCUACCUCCUUGCUUACGACGACCACGCAGCACAUACCGAUGCAGUUAUGGCACUUGCCACACUUCUCAAAAAGCAUUGCAACUGCGAUGUGAUAUACCCCAAGUGGUUUAUCCCAGAUAUUCGUAAAACAGGAUUGUAUGAAUGGAUUUCCACCCAGAUAGACAAGUCCGAUUUUGUUGUUCUCGUGAACUCCAAAGUAGCCUACUCGAGGUACACUGCCAGAAACUGGGAUACACAUUUUAGGGUAGAAGACUCCGGACCCGAAGCUGACGCUUUCUCAUUCUCAACGUCACACCUGCGCUCGAAGGAAGGAAAACCCGACUUCCUGUAUACCACCAUCAUGGCGUAUUUCAACUACACCAACACAAAUGACUUAAUUCCUUUCAACCCAGGUCUGCAUUACAAGUUACCUGAGAAUUUACUUGACCUUGUGAAUCACAUACAUGAUUGUAACAAGAGCAGUCUCGGUGAGAGUGAUAUCUUAGGAACUACUGAAGGAAAGGCCCUCGUGAAAGCUGUCGAUGAAGCUAAGGCUUACCAACAAAGAGUUCCUGAGUGGUUUUCGACACGGGUGUUCAUGCACGAGAGUGAUCAGGGUUUGGUUUUGAAUUCAGCCUCAAAAUGUACACAAGUUGUUGUUGAUCCGGAAGAUUUAAUUCCUACACUUAAAGACGUGUCUGCUAUGGCUUGCACUGAUAGGUCAUCUGAAACACAAGAUGUGUCUAUUGACAGUGCUGAAGCUGUGACACUUGUCCUAGAGGCAGUAAGGAGUUCAACUGUGGAAACAGAGUUUCCGACUAAUGAUGAGUUUGCGACUAAUGUCUGCCCGGCAUCUGGCCUUGGCAAGUCUCAAGAAUCAAAACAGUUCUCACCAGAACACUUUUACCCCCCAGGGAGCUAUUCUGAGAGCUUGUGUACAGACGAACUUGAGGACAGAUUGUUUGCCAUAACCAGUGACUCGUAUAUUAAUAACGUGAGGGUGUCUUUCUAGCAGAUAUCGUCUCAAAGUCAUCAGUAUUGGAGAUAACUACAGGCAAUUCAGAUAUCUGGAUAUAAAGUUAUACGUACGUCUAGAUCUGUGUGUACGACACUGCGGUGGUCGGAUACGUGGUGUCAGCUUGUAUGGACAAAUGCAAUAUUUCGGCUAUUUGGCGAUGGCCUAUACGUAUUCCUGUCUGAACCAGACAAAUCAGUGAUUGAUGAUAUGAGCAACACCCCAUGUUGUCGGGGUACGAUAGGACGCUAUAAUCCAAGUAACAAAGUCUGAUCUCCCGACUCUUAUGGCACGGCAAUGAUAGGUCGCUGGGGACCUAUUAUAACCAAAAUCUGAACGUUGUGUUAUAUAUAAUGAUGAUAUAACGCAUACCCCUUGCCAAUACGUCAUUCUCCUCAAUUCCAGUCAGUUGUACCCCCGCUUGGUCACCGGGUCAAAACAGGUUCCAGUGCCCGCUUUAUUGAAGUCAAUUGUGUGGGUCAUUGCUCCUACUAUCAACCACUAUUACCUGGUACCACCAUGAGAUGUAAUACCCUAAAGAAGUUAAAGAACACCCGGUUCUUUCAUGUGUGCAUAGUUAAUCUGUCAAGACAUUUGAAAAUAUCCUGUGUUCUUGAACUGUUUUGGGGUUGAAUAACUGGAUUAUUGUUAUCUGCAAUGUAAAAAAUCGUCACUGACUCACUCUGUCAGUCAAGAGAAAUAGCUAACAUUUAACAAAUAUCUGUGUUUGUGAAAGGUUGAAUUAUUUCCCAUUACAGGUUGGAUGUCUGUGAUGUGAGCAAGUUAAUGGUCUAUACGACAAGCAUAAGUUCCUAUGGACUCAGAAACCCCUAGGAAUGGUCGUAUAGAAAAUUGUUCAUUUGAAUAAGUAUUAGAUAUACUUAUUCUUUAAUUGAAGCUAUUAUUUUCUCUUGAACCCUGACAUUUGCUAUGUGUAUAGUUGCUAUUGCUUCCACGAUAUAAUAAAGGUA